AUGGACAUCAAUAUCGAUGAUAUCUUAGCAGAUCUCGAUAGAGAUACUACUGCAGUUGAGUAUUCAGAUCCAUCUCAACAGUUACCCAGUGAUGGCACAACUGUAAUGAUGAAUUCAUCGAUAGAUCCUAAUAGAUACAAACAUACACAGAUAGAGAUCUCACCGGAGAAGGAUUUCAAACAGUUAAUGAGAUUGUGGAGAAAUGAGAGAUGCUCACCAGAACUUCUGCCGUAUCCAUCCUUACUGAUGAGUCGAAUGUUAAGACGUGUACAAGAACAGAUGGAUCACAUCGAGAACGUAUCCAUGGGGUUUUUAGAAGAAUAUGAAAGUUUAGAACCAGCACCAACACCUAAUAACAAGUUACAACUUCUGUGCAUGGAAGCUGAAUUGGAAAGAGUUAAAUUCGUGAUUCGAAGCUAUUUGAGAUGUCGCCUCAAUAAAGUGGAUAAAUACAUGUUGUACUUGAGACAAUUGAACGAUAAUGAAGAUGAUCCCGGUAUUACACCAUUGAAUGAGCUGCUCUCUAGCCAUGAGUUACACUACCAUGAGAAACAUUCGGCUAUUUUGUUAAAAUUGUUGAACAAUUCCAUCGUGAAGCAUAUGCCACCUGAAUUGCAAGCAAUUAAUGACACUGAAGGUAGUGUGUCCAUGGUAGAUGAACCGAACUGGAAUAAAUUUGUAUUCAUCUAUGUUAAAGGAAUUCCCAAUGACCCGCUUUUGGAAGAAGGCGAAUCAGGUAAACCGUGCUAUACUGUGUCGAUUUCAGAUUUAAAUGAAGACGUUGAAUUGAGCAUCGGUGGUAUCUACGUUAUGCCAUACUCCGUGAUCAGAGACCUACUCAUGCAAGAAAAGAUUGAACUGAUAUGA